UUUAGAUUAAAAAAAAGAAGAAGAAGAAGUGGAAAAUGGCUGCGCAUGACAGUCUCGAAGAGGGCGGCGUUCGAUCAGCAGAAGAGCAAUACAGAAAGAGUCUAAACGACGACGAAGGCACCAGCUUCUGGUCCUCAGCCGUUGUUGUUGCUUUGAUUCAAAAAGUGAUUGCGGAAGCGGUUGGGACGUAUUUCUUGAUAUUUGUAGGGUGUGGUUCAGUUGUUUUGAAUAAAAUGUAUGGUACGGUCACGUUUCCAGGAGUAUGUUUGGCAUUUGGGAUAACUGUUAUGGUCAUGAUCUAUUCGGUCGGCCAUAUUUCCGGUGCCCAUUUCAACCCGGCCGUCACCAUCACGAUGGCCCUUUUCCGCCAGUUCCCCAUCAAACAUGUACCAUUGUACAUAUUAGCACAAUUGUUGGGGGCACUUCUUGCAAGUGGGACAUUGUACCUUUUGCUAGAUGUAACUGAUCUAACUUCCUUCAAUACUGCACCAGUGGGUUCCCCCAUACAAUCCCUUGCAAUGGAGUUUAUUGCAUCAUUUCUCUUGAUGUUUGUCAUCUCUGGUGUAGCCACCGACAACAGAGCUAUUGGAGAAAUGGCAGGAAUUGCCAUUGGAAUGACUCUACUAAUCGGAGUUCUUAUUGCUGGGCCGAUCUCGGGGGGUUCAAUGAAUCCUGCAAGAACAAUUGGACCAGCUUUGAUCUUACACAAAUAUACAGCUCUUUGGGUGUAUAUAAUCGGCCCAAUUUUGGGAACAAUCUUGGGCGGAUUUGUGUACAAUUUGAUCAGAUUCACAGACAAACCACUUAAAGAAGUAGCUAAAGUGCCAGCAAAUUUUGUCAAGAGUGCUUCUAGGGCUUGGUAGGCCGAAGUCCAGUUCCAUUCACCGAGUGAUCAUCUUCGUUCUUAACCAAUGAUUUUUGAGUGUUAGAGGUUAGAUGCAGCCAUAUUAUUCAAGUUAUGGGAAGA